GUGGCUGUGACAGGGGCACACCYGGGGCAGGACCCAUGAGGAGUCAUAGAAGAUGCUCGCAGCCCGGGCGCUUCUGCUCUUCUUAGCCAUGUGGGUGAGAAGCACCUGUGGUGGGCCRCUCUCCUUCCGAAUAGCUGCUAUCCUUGAUGAUCCAAUGGAGUGCAGCAGAGGAGAACGUUUAGCCAUCACGCUGGCCAAAAACAACAUCAACCGGAGCAGCAACCGCUCCACCACGAGCAAGCUGGAGGUGGACAUCUUUGAACUGCUGAGAGACAGUGAAUAUGAGAUGGGAGAAACAAUGUGCCAGAUUAUGUCUAAAGGGGUGGUGGCAGUCCUUGGUCCAUCUGCCAGUCCAGCUUCAAAUUCCAUCAUCAGCAAUAUAUGUGGAGAGAAGGAGGUACCGUAUGUCAAAGUGGCUCCAGAGGAUAUUCUGAAGGUUCAGUUCCCACGCUUCACCACUCUGGACCUAAGACCGACUAACACCGACAUCAGCCUGGCCGUGGCCGGCCUUCUCACCUUCUUUAACAGCACCACCGCCUGCCUCAUCUGCGCCCAGGCCGACUGCUUGUUGAACCUGGAGCAGCUCCUCAGACAGUUCCUCAUCUCCAAAGAGACUCUGUCGGUACGCAUGCUUGAUGACAGCCAGGACCCCACCCCGCUCCUGAAAGAGAUUCGAGAUGACAAGACGGCCACCAUCAUAGUGGACGCCAACGCCACCAUGUCGCACAUCAUUCUGGAACGGGCGUCUGAGCUGGGAAUGCUGUCCGUCUACUACACUUACAUCUUCACCUCUCUG